CUCCUCUCCAAUUAUUAUGUCGUUUAUGAAACAAAAAACACAUAUCUCUGCUGCAUUCCUGCUCGAUCAGAAUCAAAUCUCCCUCCCUUGAUCACACAACAACACCAUGUCUGUGGAGCAAGAGAUUUCUCACUCGUCCCGCAUGCACCACUACGUCACACACGACGACGACGACGACAGCUCUGAGGAAUCAGAAGAGAGAGUUUUCGAAGAUUAUGAAGACGACGAUGAGGAAGAGGAUGACAGUGGCAAAGGGAGUAAAUUCUGCAUGUUCACCGCGUGCGGCGGUGACGACUCUCGCCGCAGGAGACCGAGUUGGUCCCUGGGCCAGGUCCUGGACCCGCGAGCCAAGUGGGUCCAGGAAUGGAACCGGGUUUUCCUCCUGGUUUGCGCCACCGGGCUGGUGAUCGACCCUUUGUUCUUCUACGCUCUGUCGAUCAGCGGGAGAUGUAUGUGUCUGUUUGUGGACGGGUGGUUUGCGAUAACGGUGACGGUGCUCCGGUGCAUGACGGACGUUCUGCACGUGUGGAACAUGUGGCUGCAGCUGAAGAUGGCGAAGAGGUACUCCUUCACGGCCAUGGUUGGUGGUGGUGAAGGGACAAACAAUGGGCUGCGUGAUACCAGUCCUCGCUCUGUGGCGAUGAGAUAUUUGAAGGGCAAGAAGGGGUUUUUGUUUGAUCUCUUUGUUAUUCUGCCUAUCCCCCAGAUAGUAUUAUGGGUAGUGAUUCCUGCACUACUGGAGAGGGGAUCAGUGACGGUGGUGAUGACAGUGUUCUUGAUGUUCUUCAUUCAAUAUCUCCCGAAAAUCUAUCACUCUGUUUGCCUCUUGCGGCGAAUGCAAAACCUCUCAGGCUACAUCUUUGGCACUGUCUGGUGGGGAAUAGCCCUCAAUUUGAUUGCGUAUUUUGUUGCCGCUCAUGCUGCAGGAGCAUGUUGGUACUUGUUAGGAAUCCAAAGAGCCGAGAAAUGCCUGAAAGAGCAAUGCAGGGAAACAGCUGGUUGUGGACUGAGAAUAUUAUCUUGCAAAGACCCAUUUUACUAUGGAAAAGAAACCAACUUGAGAGACAGAGCAAGAAUAGCAUGGGCAAACAACAAGCAAGCAAGGUCUACAUGCUUGGAUAGUCCUGACCAUUACGACUAUGGAGCCUUUGCAUGGACUGUUCAGCUUUUCACAAACACCAGCCGCUUGGAAAAGAUACUAUUCCCUAUCUUUUGGGGCCUAAUGACUCUCAGCACCUUUGGGAACUUGGAAAGCUCAACGGAAUGGUUAGAGGUUGUUUUCAACAUAAUUGUUUUAACCAGUGGACUCCUUUUGGUCACUAUGUUGAUAGGAAACAUAAAGGUGUUUUUGCAUGCAACCACUUCAAAGAAACAAGCAAUGCAAUUGAAGAUGAGAAACAUAGAGUGGUGGAUGAGGAAGAGGCACUUGCCUAUGGGGUUCAGGCAACGGGUGCGCAACUACGAGCGUCAGCGAUGGGCAGCCAUGCGCGGAGUGGAUGAAUGUGAGAUGAUCAGGAACCUGCCCGAGGGCCUCAGAAGGGACAUCAAGUAUCACCUGUGCUUGGACUUGGUCAGACAGGUACCGUUGUUCCAAUAUAUGGACGAUCUGGUUCUUGAGAACAUUUGUGAUCGCGUCAAGUCUCUUAUCUUCCCAAAAGGAGAAACAAUCACAAGAGAGGGAGACCCAGUUCAAAGAAUGCUAUUUGUAGUAAGGGGACAUCUUCAAAGCAGCCAGGUUCUCAGAGACGGUGUGAAAAGUUGCUGCAUGUUAGGCCCUGGAAACUUCAGUGGUGACGAGCUCUUGUCAUGGUGUCUCCGAAGGCCCUUCAUAGAAAGACUACCACCAUCUUCCUCGACGCUAAUCACUCUCGAAACCACAGAAGCAUUCAGCCUUGAAGCAGAGGAUGUCAAAUAUGUGACACAACAUUUUCGGUACACAUUUGUGAACGAAAAGGUCAAGAGAAGUGCGCGGUACUACUCACCAGGUUGGAGGACAUGGGCUGCUGUGGCAAUUCAGUUGGCUUGGAGGAGGUACAAGCAUCGCUUAACUUUAACUUCAUUGUCAUUCAUAAGGCCUCGAAGACCUCUGUCGAGAUGUUCUUCGCUGGGAGAGGACAGGCUGAGACUAUACACAGCUUUGUUGACUUCUCCAAAGCCAAAUGAUCAAGAUGAUUUUUUUGAUUGAUUAGCCAGGUAAUUCAAGAGAUGUAUAUGCAUUUGGACGUUAAUUUGCUCAUGUUAUCAACACCUCAGUUUCGGAUGAAUAAAUGGAACAAAAGAAUCGCCAUUACAUCUGAGUGGUUCAUUAUUAGGUAAUAAAGGAUUAAUAGACUUGUGAAGAUGUAAGGGACAUUCUAUAGAAUAAUGAAUAUCAUAUAUUGAAUUGAUGCUUC